UAACUUAGGCUAGUGCCAUAUGCAUGACACUAGUAUAAGUUACUCCCCAUUAUGACCAGCCUUACUCCCAUUGUGGAUAGUCUUACGCGUCGUUGUUAUCAUCCGAUUUAAAACAAUCAUUUUCCAAAAACAAUUAGGCGGUUGACGUUGUAUAGGCUCGCUGGGGGGUUGCGCACGGCUGCGAAAGAUAAGGUCAACCCAUCUAUUUCAGUUUACGGGCUUUUGCAGCCCAUGAGAGGUCCAUGGCAGCUCUUCGUGUUUGGCGUUGGUAACGGUAAUCCUGAUCAGCUACCGUGAUUUGAGCGAUUUGCUUCCGUUGCCAAAACGUUCAAACUUUAUCGCUCAACAUAUACUCAUCUCAAUCCCACAUUCCGCACCAGUCAGGUCCAGCGAUCCAACCAGAUAUGGCACCGCCAUCGUCGAGCGGGCAUAGCCGCCUCCGCGCGAACCGCGCCUGCGUCGGUGAUGGUUCGUGCUCCGCGACAGAGUCGACGGUGCAUGUCCCCGACGGUGAAUCGAGCUGGAGGGACUGGGCGAGCCUGUCCUUCGGGCCGGCGUGGGUGAUCGCGGACCGCGUGCUCGCCGGAGACGUCGCCCAGUACGUGCGCUUCCGCGCGGUGUGCACCGCGUGGCGGGGAUGCACCGCGGACCCGAGCGGCGACGCCCUGGACCGCCGGUUCCACCCGCGCUGCUGGGUCAAGCUCCAGGACGUGGUCACCGGCGGCAAGCGGCCUCGCUACCGCUACAGCCGCUUCCUGAACAUGGCCACCCGCGAGCAGAUCCGGAUGACAAUCCGGGGGCUGGACGGCCGCGGCGGCCGACUACGCAUCACCUGCACUGCACGUUCGUGGGCCUGCUCGUCCUGGUAAACAAGAGGACCGACGCCGUGUUCGUGCUCAACCCGAUCACCGGCGCCCGCGCCGAUCUCCCGCCGCUGGGCUCGCUGCUGUCCAGCCACACGCGGGACUUCGUUCUCCCGAGAGCGCCCGGAGUGUCCUCCCUGACUGCGGAGCUGACCCGUGAUUCGGCGGUCGUGAUCAACUUCGGCGGCGGCGGGUACCAGCGGAUGGGCAUCGCGAGACCUGGCGAUGAACACUGGACCAAGGUGGAGUGCGAACACCGGAUCGGCGGCUCGGUCCUCUCGUUCCGAGGCGACGUCUACUGUUUCACGGCGGGUCCAAGUCGAACUCCUUGGUGCUGGAGACCUCGCCGGACAAUCCGCCGAGGCUAGUCGAAUCCGACCAUCAUCCUGCCGACUUUAUAAAUGGUCUUGAUGAUGUUAUCAGUUUAAUGCUAGCCUAGUUGUGC